AGGUGGUCCGAAUGCCUUCUGGGCGUUUAGUGAAAUCCAUGGCCUGCGGCCGUGAGCAUUGCAUUGCCGUGACCUACGAUGGCAAUGCUUAUGCAUGGGGCAGAGGUGACAAGGGGCAGCUGGGCGUGGGAAGAAAUGAAGACACUGCCACGCCCAAAGUGGUGGAGAUUCACAAUGUGGUUUCUGUCGCCGCUGGCGAGGAUCACAGUGGAGCAAUCUGUCGCGGAGAAGAUGAGAAUGAAUUGUGGAUGUGGGGCUCUUCGGAGCUGGGAAAGCUGGGUUUGGGCGAAGCCACCAGUUCCGACAGCAUUCCGGUGGCCAUCCGGGCCUUUGCCAAGAGCACUGAGCCCUACAAGGUUCCUAUGGCCGUAAGUUGUGGCCAGUACCACACGGCAGUGAUUUGCGUGAGGGACCAGGACUCCGAUGACGAUCGAAUUUCAGGAAGAGUUUGGACCUUCGGUGGCGGCUGGUUUGGACGACUGGGCCACAACGACAUGGAGAACCAAUACGAACCCAAGAUCAUCAGCAGCCUGAUCACCAAGAUCCGCACUGUGCAUUGCGGAGCCUACCACACUUGCGGCCUCAGCUAUGAGAAGGGUAUUUACAAUGACAACGGCGAGUUGGCCGGUGAUUUGUGGGUCUGGGGUC